CCAGAGUGAAUUCGCGCCAGUUUAAAAACGGCUCUCUAAUGAAUAGCACGUCGGCGGUCGGCAAACGAUAAAGAAAAGAAAAACCCAUACUAAUUUCCCUAAAUCGUAAAAUUAGCUUUAUUGCCGUACAUAGCUUUGUUCGUGGUUGUCAUAGUCAGAUCUGACUGUCUAACCUUCAGUGUGCGCGUCCUUUUGUAUUUUUUGGUGAUCAAGUCACCUCCUUCUACCCUACCACACAUCGCUCCAGUGUUACGCAGUCUACCUAUCGGAGAUCCCUUUCCGCGUUUCAUUAUUGCAUCUUUGCCAUGAUAGAGGCCUAUCGUCAAACGAGUUGCGGUGCACACAUUCAAACAUAGGAAGGACGUGUUACAAACAUGCGAUUAUCAGAAGUGCGAAGUGCAUAGAAAUAGGAAUAUUACUACGCAUUGUUAUCGCCAAUACCAUCGCCGUAUCUGUCUACUUGUAUCGUAGUCAAUAGUGUUAUAGUGUUUGUCAUCGGUCGCAGUCGUCCGUUAAUGUCGUCUCACACAAAGUAAAAUAAUUUCCAAUCAGAAGAAGUGCACAAUAGAAUUUUUCGUGUCUGUGAGUUGCAAAAAUUAGCAUUUCAACGAAAAGUCGAAACGUGUCUCUGUAAAUUACCUCCAUUCAGCCAUCCAUACACCAAGCACACCAUAGUGUUACUAAUAAGACAAGGAAUUAGGAUUCCAAACGAAAUUAAAGUUUUUGAACAAAGUUACCCCAUAUCCGUUGCCUUGAGUGGAGUAGAACAGAACAACAGGAUUACCACCAGGGAUUUAAACAAUUUCUAAACAUUCUGGUGAUAUGCUCCCAAUACAACGGAUACAAUUCGGAAGUCAAUUGGGAAACUGUGAUAAAGUAUUUGUUGUUUGUGAAGAAAACAAUUUGUAAGCGUUAAUUUUUUUUUGAGAACUCUUAAACUCUGCAACCGGUAAUUUAAAGAAUUUCGUGAUUCAAAAUGGAGCUAGAAAUGGAAACAACCAAAAUGUUAAAAGCCAAUGCGGUGCGCUGCAUUGAUAUUGAAUUUGAAGAUCUCACCUACCAGGUUACUGUGCCAAAACAAAAAGAAAAGAAAACCGUACUUAAGGGAAUAUCGGGAACAUUUCGGUCAGGAGAACUUACAGCCAUUAUGGGCCCAUCGGGAGCAGGCAAAUCAAGUCUUAUGAACAUCUUAACUGGAUUUACAAAAAAUGGCGUUACCGGAAACAUCAAAUUUGGCAGUGCUGCCAAAGCACGCAAAUUAUGCUGUUACAUAAUGCAGGAUGAUCAUUUCUAUUCCUGGUUCACUGUGGAGGAGACCAUGAUGUUGGCUGCCAGCUUAAAGAUAUCAAAUAAUUCCAUGCCCAUAAGGGAUCGAAAAUUAUUGAUUGAUCAAAUUUUGGAUACUCUUAAGCUGACAAAGACAAAGCAUACGCGAUGCAGUCGAUUAUCCGGUGGCCAGAAAAAACGUUUAUCUAUUGCCCUGGAGUUGAUCGAUAAUCCUGCCGUAUUGUUUUUAGAUGAACCCACCACAGGCCUUGACAGUUCCACCUCGUUUGAUACCAUCAAGCUUCUACAAACACUGGCCAGUCAAGGUCGUACCAUUGUCUGCACCAUUCACCAGCCGUCCUCGAAUAUUUACAGUCUCUUCAAUCAGAUCUAUGUCAUGAGCAAGGGCUAUUGUUCGUAUCAGGGCACCCCGGAUCGGACGGUAGACUAUUUUAAAUCGGUGGGCUUAGAAUGUCCACCUUACCACAAUCCUGCUGAUUUUUUGCUCGAGUGUGUUAAUGGUGAUUUUGGCGAUUAUACCAGUGCUUUGACAGAAGCUGCAAAAAAACCGGAAUGGCGCCAUGAUUAUGAUCGCAGCAGGUCUGCUAUAACCGCCAGUGAGAAAAUUUCGGAAGCUUUAAGUGCAACAAACGGCAAACAUUGCCCUUCUCAGCAAACACCAACCAGCAGUCAUAUCUAUCCCCCGCCAGAAUGGAUGCGUCUGUGGCUUUUAAUUGGACGUUGUCAUGUACAAAUAUUCCGCGAUUGGUCCCUGACUCACAUAAAGUUACUAAUGCACAUUUUAUGCGCGAUUCUCAUUGGUCUACUGUUCGGUGAUUCCGGUUCAAAUGCCGAUAAACAAUUGUCAAACUUUGGUUCUUUUCUCGUCCAUUCCCUGUAUCUGUGGUAUACCACCAUAAUGCCCGGAGUUUUGAGAUUUCCUCAAGAAAUAGCCAUCAUCAAAAAGGAAUCAUUUAACAACUGGUACAAGCUGCGUACAUAUUAUUUGGCCACACUGAUUACCUCAACGCCCGUUCAUAUUAUUCUAUCCUCGGUGUACAUGACAAUCGCCUACGUUAUGACAGAUCAACCACUUGAAUUGGAUCGAUUUGUUAAGAUGAUCCUAACGAGCAUGAUACUCACUGUAUGUGCGGAUGGCUUGGGUAUCUUUCUAGGAACGAUAUUGAAUCCUGUGAAUGGUACAUUUGUUGGAGCCGUGGCCACCUGUUUUAUGCUGAUCUUUUCCGGUUUCUUAAUAUUCCUCAACCACAUGUCCGACUUUAUGCGAAUGAUUUCGUACGUCUCACCCAUUCGUUAUGGCCUGGAGAAUAUGGUGUUGGCCAUGUAUUCAAAUAAUCGCCAGGACACAAUUUGUCCCGAUGAUGUGCUAUAUUGUCAUUUCAAGAACGCCGCCACGGUUUUGAAAAGUUUCGGCAUGGAAAAUGGCAACUAUGGCAUGAAUCUCACAAUAUUGGUAGUGCAAAUUUUAUUCUACAAAAGCUGUGCAUAUUUCACAUUGAGGCGUCAAGUAAAGCGCCAAUAAGGAUAAGGAAUGGAAACUUUGCCAACUGCACAAUUUCGAUGCCACAAAUUAGUAUUACAAAAAGUAGACAAAUAUGCAUGUUUUUUUUAUUAGAUUAUGACGAUGUUAAGUGAAUUAGCCUAUGAGAAAAUUUUCAACCUGACAUGGGAGGACAAUUAAUUUAUUAACUCAUAAGGGGACUUUUUGAUAAGUACAAUCGACUAGCACAUACAGUAGCGGACAAAAAUGUAGCAACACACUUAAAGCUUCUAACUUGGAAAUCAUCAUAACAAUGGAUUGUUUUGCAUGUCUUGUUGCUGACUGCUGUGAUGUUUUCAUGGGAAUUGACUAUUCAAUCAUAUUAGAAAUUAGUGCCUUAUUGUCAACACGUGGAGUAAUACUUGGCCAAUGACUCGAUUACUCCAUUUUACAGAAAGUUUAAUGAAAAUGUUUGCAUCGAUUAUAGAAAAUAGAUAUAGAAUAUGGGGUGCAGUUAUGAACCAACCGCCUUAUUCACAUUAAAUGUGGCUUUAAUAUUAAUCGAAUGGUUUUGUUAAUGGUGUUUUUAUUUUUUAACUAUUUUAUUCAAACUAAUUGGAAUCUUGCUUUCUACUAUAUGACAGAUGAGACGACAAAAAAUAUACAAACAAUACCUUAGUUCUAGCUCAGGUCACUCAUUGUAUUGAUGGCUUUUUCUAAUUAUUUUUACAACAACUCUACUUUUAAGUAUCUAUGGUUAGUUAUGGAUUGUGAUAACACUUUGUUACAUAGUAGCUUUUAUCUACGUUCGUUAUAUCUUUAUAAAUAAUUUUUAUUUUUGCGCUUUUACCAAUAACUAAAAUUGUCAUGUACUUAUAAUGAAUUUCGCAUACACCCGGUGUAUUCGUACUCUGCAUAAAUGGUGCACAAUAUACCCAUUAACAUAAAUAAUAAAUUCAACGAAUUUGGUAAUAAAUUUAAAUGAAAACAA